AUGACGUGUGGUAACCGUCUACUGUAUGUUAGUUCAAGUAUUGUAAUCGCCAUUAUUUUCUCCAUCACUGGUAUUCUAAUUGGACGAUUCGCUAUUCCAAGAUGGAAUAACAAUAUCAAUUGGAAACCGACUGCUCAGGUCGCAGUUCAGCUCAUCAACGAUGAAAUUUUUUUGAAAAAUUUAGCUGAGAAAUUCCUUGAUAGGGUUGAUGCGAAUGAAAUAGAGAAAAAACUGAAACAACUUUCUCAACGAACACAUCUGGCGGGUACGGAUGACGAUCGAGAUGAAGCGAUAGAUAUUGCACGGAAAUGGCGAGAGUACGGGUUUGAUGUUACAAUUCAUCCAUAUCAAGUCUUACUCUCAUAUCCAGAUUUAACAAAACCGAACACCGUAAGUGUAACUAACGAAAAUGGAGCAAUUAUUUUUCAAACAAAUGGAAGUGAAACAAUCUAUGCAGAAGAUGGCAAUUUACCAUUUAAUAAGAUUGUUAAGCCAUUUUUAGCUUAUAGUACAAAUGGUACUGCUGAAAGUAAAAAAUUGUAUUAUGUCAAUUAUUGCACAUCAGAAGAUUUCCAAAUGUUAGAUGCAAUUAUGGAUAUAGCUGAUCUUGUUGGAAGUAUUAUUAUUUGCCGAUUUGGACGAAUUUAUCGUGGAAAUAAACUUGGAUUUGCUCAACAAUAUGGUGCUGUCGGGUUGAUAUUGUACAAUGAUCCAAUCGAUUAUGCACCAAACGGUACUAGUAAAGAUAAAACGUAUCCAAAUUCAAUUUACAUGCCGGAUACGGGGCACCAACGAGGAUCAGUAUUAACUACAAAUGGUGAUCCGUUGACAAAAAAUUACCCGGCAACAGAUUAUAUGUACAGAAAUCCAAUCGUCAAUAAUACUUAUUUACCUAAAAUACCCGCUCAACAAAUUGGCUACGGAGAAGCGAGGCGACUGUUAUCAUCAAUCCGAUUAUCUUCAUACAAUUCACUUCAACUGCGAACAGUUCACAAUGUCAUUGCUCUAUUACCUGGAACAGUUGAACCGGGUAUAUUCGCCUCUUUUUACAGAGAUUAUGCAGAAGUAGAAAAUAGGCAAAAGAAUACAGAAAGAAUUGAUGUGAAACUUUUCUUCGUUAUAGAUCGAUACGUACUAAUUGGCAGCCAUUUCGACGCUUGGACUUUUGGGAGUAUAGAUGAUGGUUCGGGAACAGCUGUUAGUUUUGAAUUAGCUCGCGUAUUCGGUUCAAUGAACAGAUCAGGAUGGAAACCUCGAAGAAGUUUAAUGAUUUGUGCAUGGGCCGCUGAGGAGUAUGGAAUUAUCGGUUCUGUCGAAUUUGUUGAGGCACGUGCUGGAAUAUGCGAAGAUAUUAUCGGCACGAGUCGUCUCCUAUAUCAAUAUGGAUGUUAUCGUUGA